CUCACAACCAACCAUCAAACUCAUCUGCAAAACCAAAACCAAAACCCUUCCGACAAUCAAUCAAAUAAAUAAGAGCAUAAGCAUGCAAGAGGAUAAGAAGAUGAAGGUGAAGAAAGGGUGGCUGGCGGUGCAGGUGGGGCUGGAAGACGAAGACGGCGGAUUUCAGCGAUUUUCGAUUCCGAUCUCGUAUCUGUACCACCCUCUCUUCCACAAGCUUCUAGACAAAGCUCGCGAGGUCUAUGGCUACAACACGGCUGGCCCCUUGAUGCUGCCCUGCUCCGUCGAGGAUUUUCUGCAUCUGCGCUGGCGGAUUGAGAAGGAGGCCGCCGCCCACCACCACCAUCACCACCGCCAUCACCUGCCGGCGCCUUCUUUGUCGUUUCACUCGUGUUGAGAGACAAAGAGAGAUGGGGGAGUUUUUUAUUUAUUAGUUGAAAGGCUUCCUCUUUCUUAGCUUGUAUCAUUAAUUGUGUAUUUGUAGUGGAAAAUCAAUGCCAAAGCUUCAGAUUGAGCUGUUU